AUGCCAUCGCUUGAAGAGCACAACUUCUCAGCACCUGCUGAGGUGCAUUCGUUCUCAGCAUUGCUCUUUGAUAUGGAUGGCACGAUCAUCGACAGCACCAACGCCAUCGUCAAACACUGGCAUCAGAUUGGAAAAGAAAUCGGCGUAGAUCCUGAAGUCAUCCUUGCCACCUCUCAUGGAAGACGUUCAAUCGACGUGCUGGAGAUCUUGGAGCCGAAGCUCGCCAACUGGGAGUACGUCUGCGCGGCAGAAGGCGCCAUUCCUAAGAAAUGGGGCCACGACGCCGUGGAAAUACCAGGCAGCCGAUCUAUCUUGGAAUCGCUCGAGCAAGCCUCUGCUCCCUGGGCAAUCGUGACUUCGGGCACACAACCGUUGGUCUCCGGAUGGUUGGAGGUGAUGGGCCUCGCGACACCCAAGCACCUAGUCAGCGCCGAGCAAGUCGCAAAAGGCAAACCAGACCCAGCAUGCUACAAGCUAGGUGCGCAGCGAUUGAACCUCACCAGCAAUGAUGUUCUAGUGCUCGAGGAUGCCCCCGCGGGUGUACGCGCGGGGAUAGCGGCGGGCUACAAGGUAGUCGCAUUGGCAACCACGCAUACAGUGCAGCAAUUGCAAGAAGCCGGUGCGACUUGGAUUGUGCGUGACAUGCGCAGCGUAACGAUGAAGAGCUUUGACAAGAAGACUGGUAAAGUCGAGAUAGCAAUCACAGAUGCGUUGGUCCAGUAG